UCGAAGAAGAGGAAAUGGAGAAAGAGACGAAGGAGGUGGAGAAGUUAUGCCGGAGGUGCAAGGUUAGCUACAGAGAUUCGUCGAACAACGCUUCCUCUUGCCGUUUUCAUCCUUCCUUCUUCGUUUGUCGUCGCCACGAUGACCAGAAAAGGUACUAUGAAUUGGGACCAGAUGAUCCACCCUACGCAGCCAAGUUCUACGAUUGUUGCGGCGCAGAGGAUCCUAAUGCACCCGGUUGUGUCACCAGCCCUCACAUUUCAUAUGACGACUGAACUCUCCCACAAGCCUCUUUU